GUUAGUGGUUACUGCGGAAGAGGUGGAGGUGACACCAACCAGGGCCCCUACUCCAGGAUCUGUGAAACUUUCUCCUAAUUCGGCUCCUCUCCCAGACCAGAUGGGGGCUCCAGAAUCCCACUGCCCAACCUUUGUUUUCAAUGGGCCUCACAGCUGGAGUCCCAGCUGGACCCCUCCACCUCCAUGACCCGUACGCGUAGGAAGCAGGAUAUGAGAUGGGAGGGCGUGCCCCUAGGGCCAGUCUGGCGGAACCCGACCCUAGGGGCACAGGGCGUCCUUUCCACCCGACCGCUCGUACAUGAAGCGCCCCGCAAGGAAUUGACCGGCGUCUCCAACCCAGGGUGGGGAGCUGCCCCGCGCCCUCGCCAGGUCCCCGUGGCCCACCUGGUGGGGAGAGUACUUCACUUCUCCCGGCUCCCCUGCUCUUCCUUCACGUCACACCCAGAAGAUGGGCUCUGGAUCCCUGGUGAUGUGGCAGGAGGGCCCUCCUGGAACCAGGAGCGGACCCUGGUUGCUGUGAAACCAGAUGGGGUGCACCGGCGGCUUGUUGGGGAUGUGAUCCAGCGUUUCGAGAGGAGGGGCUUCAAGCUGGUGGGGAUGAAGAUGCUACAGGUGCCGAAGAGUGUCCUUGCUGAGCACUACCAUGACCUUCAGAAGAAGCCCUUCUACCCAGCCCUCAUCAGCUACAUGAGCUCUGGCCCCGUGGUUGCCAUGGUCUGGGAAGGCCCCAAUGUGGUCUGCACCUCGAGAGCCAUGAUAGGACAUACUGAUUCAGCUGAGGCUGCCCCUGGCACUAUCCGAGGAGACUUCAGCGUCCACAUCAGCAGGAAUGUCAUCCAUGCCAGCGACUCCGUGGACGGGGCCCAGAGGGAGAUCCAGCUGUGGUUCCAGAGCAAUGAGCUGGUGGAUUGGGCAGAUGAAGGCCACCGCAGCAGCCUCUACCCAGCCUGAACCUCAGGCUGCCUUCGGCCUCCCCAACAUCCACCCAGGACCAACUACCUCUGUCCACAAGAACUUGAGCCCACCCCAUUCUCUGCCCAUCUGUCCCAGAACCCCCUCUGCCCCACCCCCGGUCCACCUUUUGCUCCAUCACAGCCCAGAGCAGUUGAGCCAACUUUAUGUGCCUUUUCAUAUCCUAAGCCAUCGAGAGACUGGACCAAAUCCUUUCUGUACCAAAGUGCCAGAAAACUUUUGGGCUGUUUCCAAAAGUGGGUAGUUUGACCUCACCACCCCCAAGGAGGGAGACAUUAAAAUUCACUGUGCCGUACAUGGGGGUGGAGCGCUCAUUACGGCUAGGUAGGAAUGAGGCCUUCAUGCAAAGCUGUAAGUAGUUUGAGAGUAGAGUUGAAGCUUACCACCUCAUACACCAGUAGGGGAUCAAUAACUGUUGAAUGUACGCUUCAGACCAGAGACCUCCAGCCUGAAGUGUGGGGGAAUCCAAGCUGGCCCCAGAGCUGGUACUGUCCCAGCCCCUACUCCGUCCGAUCCUGCUGAAGGAGGAGCUGCCUGCCUUGGGCAGGACUAAUGGGUGGCCGGGAAGGUGGCAGCUGAGACCAGCCCAAAAGCAGAAAGCCUGAUGACCAUGACCCCCUCCCACCUCCAUGGCUUCAUGUGGCUGAGGCUGAUCUAGCUGCCUGGUGUCCACUUAUUUUCACGUUGACACUACAUCUCACCCCUUACCUUUGGUCCCCAGGUGCCUGUACUCAAUGGUCACAGGUACUGGACACUGCGCAUCUUUACAUCUGCUGAGGCUGACUUGGUCCUCAUUUUAUAUUUUUGACAUCUUGGUGAUAGAUGCCCUGGGCCUGGAUUCACAGCAUAGGUUGCUGCCUGUGCCUCCACGCGAAGGCGUGGAUGAAGUGCCCUGACCCUGUAACAGGUCAUUUUGGGAACUGGCACUGGGGCUGGCCACAAGAAGCAAAGGCCUUCCUCAUUUUCCGUGGCUUUCCUGGGCUCCAGUCUCCUUCCCUCUUCUUUGUGAUAUUUAUGCAACAGGGAAGGGAGGUGCCCGGGAGGCCAGGGCGUUUACAUGCUGAGCACCUCCCAACCAGGUGUUUUAAAUGCACUGCUGGGCCAGCGGCGGUGAAGAAAGCCCAGGUGUCCUGACCUGAACCGAGUGUCCGCUGUGUCCGGCUGGAUCCGACCACGGCACUGACACCAUCUUGUGAAAAGGACUUAGUGUUGUGGACGGUCCGCAGGCCCCCUCGCCCCACCUGCGCUGCGAAAAGAGGCCUGCAGCAUUGCGCCUGCGCUCGCCACGGUUCCAGGCCCCACCAGCUAGCCCCCAGUCCCAGCAGGCUGUGCGGCCGCAGUUAGCGGGGCUAGCGAGGUGGACCGUGGUCCUGGGAGGAGCUUGGAGCUGCAGUGGGCU